AUAUUUGAAUUCAAAAUGAAUGAUGAAGAGAUAAAUCAUUAUAACUUCAACAUGUUGGAAGGUAAAAUAGACAGUCGCUUAUUAAAAAGCUUAUCAACAAUGGGUAUAGAAAAACCAACACCCAUCCAGGCUAAAACCUUGCCUCAUAUACUGAUCGGCGAAGAUAUAAUAGGAGCUGCAAAGACUGGUAGUGGUAAAACAUUAGCAUUUUUAGUACCAGUUGUAGACAAAUUAAUUAAUUUAGGAUUUUCUAAAAAUAAAGGUGUUGGUUGUUUGAUUAUUUCACCUACAAGAGAAUUGGCACUUCAAACCAAUGAGGUUUUAAAGAAACUUCUAGUAAAUAUUCCAUUAACUCAUAGCUUAAUCAUUGGUGGUGAGAAGAAGUUGAAAGAAGUAGUACUAUUGCAAAAAGGUGUUAAUAUAAUAGUUGGGACACCGGGUCGUAUCUUAGAUCAUUUAGAAAAUACAAGGAACUUUAGCUAUAAAAAUCUAAAGUGCCUCGUCUUAGACGAAGCUGACAAAUUACUCGAAGCUGGUUUUGAGAAGCAUAUAGUUGGAAUUAUUAAAAAACUUCCAAGUAAUAGACAAACUGUCUUGUUUAGUGCGACAAUUGAUGAUAAAAUAGAAAGCUUAGCAAAGCUAGCAUUAAAGAAUAAUCCAAAAGUAAUAGCUGUAAAAGAUUAUAAACAGUCAACUGUAACAGGUCUGCAGCAAGGGUAUUGCAUUUGUCCAGUCGAAAAUAGAAUAUGUUGGUUAUAUAAAAUGCUCAAAAAGAGUAAAAAGAAAAAAGUAAUGGUGUUUUUUUCUUCUUGUAAAUCUGUUGAUUUUCAUUAUGAAUUCUUCAAAACACAUUGUAAAGCAUCAGUACUAAGUAUACAUGGUAAGCAAAGUCAACCAAGAAGGAAAAAUUGCUAUAACACAUUUGUUAAUGCUGACAAGGGGACUCUAUUUUGUACUGAUGUAGCUGCAAGGGGCUUGGAUAUUCCAUCUGUUGAUUGGAUUGUUCAAUAUGAUCCACCUACAGACAUGAAAGAGUACAUACACAGAGUUGGACGUACAGCAAGAGGGUUGAAUAGCAGUGGCAAUGCAGUCAUAUUAUUAAGACCUGAAGAAGAAGACUUUAUUGAAUACUUGAAGAGGGAAAAAGUUUAUUUAGAUAAAUAUAAUUUUGGAGAUCCACCCGUAGAAGUGCAAAAAAUGCUUGAAGAUCUCAUAAAAAAAGAUGGAACUAUGAAAGUUUUAGCACGGAAAGCGUAUCUUUCAUUUUUGAGAUGUUAUAAUAAACAUCCACUUAACAAAGUGUUCAAUAUUAAAAAACUGGACUUAAAAGCAGCAGCUAAAGCUUUUGGCUUUAUUGAGCAACCACAUGUUGAUUUCUUAAAAGCUAGGAAAAGGAUUUGAUGAAAAAAACACAUGAUCGUCAGAGUAACAUUAUAUUUUGUGAUAAACAUAAUAAAACUAUAUUUAUAAAAACAA